AUGCAGAAGUUCAUCUCAAAAUUCCAGUCACGCCGCGCAAGCCGCGUCGAGCCCAUCGACGUGCCCGCGGCGGACGCCAAGGCGCCCCAGGAGGAACCACAAGCGACGCUCGCGCCACCUGUGCUCUUAUCACCUGCCGAGAGCGAGGCCCCCACAUCCGCUUCAACUUCCCCACAGACUGGCGAUCUGCUCCCGUUCCGCCGCAACUCUGAGCCGGAAAACAAAAUCGAGUUCUUCGCUAAAGACUCGCCCUACUUUUGGCUGAGCAACAGCGCGAACUACCCCGUGGUGAUGGACGGCGUGCGCUACCCCACCGCCGAGCACCUCUUCCAGGCACAAAAAUUCAGCGAGCACCGCCCCGAUCUCGCGGUCAAAGUGCGCAAGACGUCCAACGCCUUGGACGCGAUCCACAUUGCGCGUGCACAUGCCAAGGACGUCCGCUCCGACUGGAUUAAAGGCGGCGCCAACGUGCAGGCGAUGCGCAUGGUGCUCCUCACAAAAUUCACGCAAUACUCUGAGCUUCGCAUCGCUUUGCUGGAAACGGGCGACGCAGAGAUCGUGCACGCGAGCCCCAACGACGCCUUCUGGGGCUCGGCGGCGUCGGCGAAUGCCAUCGGCCGCGGCCGCAACAUGCUCGGCCGCACCCUUAUGCAGACCCGCGAACUGCUGCGCGUAGCCGCCGGCGUCGGCGUCGGUAGCGGCUCGCGCACCGUCUAG